AUGCUCUCCACGAACUGCGAACGUUUCGAAAUCAGUACGUUUGAAGACUUCGUCCGAAAGGGUUUGCCAACCAAAAUGCUCAAGUCAAGCAGACACUGCAUUGGCGUGCUCCUGAUACUGGCUGGCUUUUUCGCAGCCGACUCACUUGAGAGGAGUUCCGGUUCCGUGUGUCUCCUGGACAAUGCGCCAGCGCAAUGUGGAGCCUUCUGCGGCUCCCUGCUGCGGCCCGUCCACGAUCACAAUCUAAAUAUGCAGCGGCUGUGGAACGAAACCCAGGAGAGGCUGGAUCGAAUGGAGUUCCAACUGUCAGCCAUACAGGAAGCCCUAGCGGACAUUAGGUUUUCAGCGCAACCGAAGGUACCAGUGGAGGAGCGACCCGAACUGACAACUGGCCACAUCGAUCAGUUUCACGUCGGGAGGAACGCUCUCCAGGAUUGGCAUGCCUCAGAGAGCACUUGCCAUCAAAUGGGGGCCCAUUUGGCAGUCUUCCAAAGUCAGGAAGAGCUCGACCACGUCAAUGCGAAGCUAAGUGGUCAAGACUCCUACUGGCUGGGCAUCCAUAACCAGGAUAGCAACGGCACCUUUAAAUGGGCUUCCACUGGCCAGCCAGCCAGGUUCCUGGAUCUGCCGGCCAACGUACUUCUCUACUGCACGAAAAAUCCCUGUUUCGUCUUCCUGCACGGCGGCAGAAUGGGCAUUGCAGAUUCGAGCAAGAAGGCCAACUACAUAUGUCAGGGGGGCGAUCUGUAA